AUGAAGCUCGUAUUAUACAUCCUUACCGCAGCGGCGGUCGCUAAUGCCCACUUCACCUUGCAGUAUGUGUGGAUAAACGGCGUUGAUCAAGGCCAGAAUACGUUUCUUCGUGUUCCUCCAAACAAUUACCCGGUGACGGAUGUGACGUCCACUGACCUCACCUGCAACGUGAAUGGACUUUCUGGCACGGGUGUCGAAACUGCAACUAUUCCCGCCGGUGCAAACAUCACGUUUGAGUGGCACCAGCAUGCUGAGCGAACAGGUGAACCUGCCAUCUCUCCGGGACACAAGGGACCGGUGCAAGUCUACAUUGCCUCUGCGGCUUCGGCGGGCUCAGCUGCAGCCUUCGAAGGACAAGGCUCCGUAUGGACCAAGAUUUAUUCUUCUGGUCUUUUGGAUCCUGAAACUAUGUGGUGGGCGAGUGAUGUCGUUAACUCUACCAACGGCAAACACAGCUUUAUAGUCCCCUCGUCGCUUCCUGCUGGGGAAUAUCUCAUUAGGGGAGAGAUCCUCGCGCUACACGUCGCUGAAAGCUACCCUGGAGCCCAGUUCUACAUUGGGUGCGCCCAGGUAAAUAUCGCCAGUGGUGGAACCGCAAUUCCGCCGACUAUAGCUCUUCCGGGAGCCUACAAGGGCUCCGACCCUGGUAUCACUGUGAACAUAUACAACAAUUUGCAGAAUUACACUGCUCCUGGUGGAAGCGUCUGGUCAGGGUGA